AUGGUGAGCCAAGAAGGACUCUCCAGCGUCAAGCUGGACAUGUUGAGCCAAGAAGGACUCUCCAGCAUCAAGCUGGACAUGUCCUAUGACAAGCUUCGUCUCAGUGACGAUGAGCUGUUGCAGGUCAUGCUGACGACCCACGCGUUGGGCAUGACUACCUUGGUGCAUGCCGAAAAUCAUGAUGUAUGA